CUGUCAACUCACUGUGUGAAUGGAACAUGGCGGAGAUGGAAGGCAGUACAUCUCACGGAGAAGGAGCCUCGGCCGAUAUGGCGAUGGCAUCGCCCUCCAUUUCAGAAUCCAGUGAAGCAGCUAGUUCUGGAAAGUCGGAAGAUGAGUUAUUUGAAGUGGAAAGGAUUGUAGGGAUGUCCAAAAAUCGGGGUAAAACUCUGUACAAGGUGAGGUGGAAGAACUACGGUCCAGCAGACGACACCUGGGAACCGGUCGACAACCUGCAGUCCUGUCUAGAUCUGGUGGAGGACUACCAGGCCAAGAAGGAGGAGGAUAGAAAGAAAAGGGCAGAGGAGAGGAAGAAAAAGAUGGCUCAGAUGGAGGGGAGGAAACUCUCCACUGAGGACGAGGAUUCUUCAAGGGACAGCACUGAUGUCAUCAAGCCAGUGUCCACAUUCAAAAACACAUUCUGGAAAGACCUUGAGGAAGGGCGUGUCAACCUGUUCUACACUGACAUGUACUCCAAGGUCAAAGGGGGAGGUCGGGCCUCAAGGCCAACAUGUCUCAAGGACAAACAUCAGAAUAUUAGAUCCGAGGAUAGUAAGUCCCAGAAAAAGAAGAAGAAGCUUGCUGCCAAAAAGGAGCUCAAAACGAAGGAAAGGGACAAGAAGAAACAGAACAGCCUGCCUUUUUUGUCACGAGAGUUCGUGACCUCCAGUGAAGAUGAGGUAGUGAAUAGUGACUAUGAGAUUGUCAAGAGUGACACGUUAAGUACGUCAGAAGAGAAGUUAAAACAGGAAAAUUCUGAUUCCUCCAUUGAAUCUUCGGUCAGGAUGCCAGUACUCAAAAUUAAAAAAUUAAAGAGCAAUGAGGAUAGGAGCGACAGUAAUUCAGAGAAUGAAGAUGGAAAAGAGAGAAGAAAUAUUGUGAAAAAAGUAAAGAAAGAAAAACAUCAGAAAUCAGACAGUGACAAAAAAAUCAGAGUGAAAAAAACCAAAACAGAAGUGAAAGUGAAGCCUGGAUUAGAUCAGUUUGAUAAUAGUGUAGAUAAAUCGGAAUCUAAGGUAGACAGCAUAAAGACUGACUCGACAGAGAAACCCCCAAGUCCAAUUAAGUCGUACUUAUCAGGGGGGAGCACUCCUCCUAGAAAAUUAUCCUCGGGUGACUUGCCAAGUAAAACUCCACAGGCUACCAGCACUCCGGAUGUGAAAUCCGAGAAAGAAAGUCAGGACUUACCUUCCGCUGGAGUCAAGCGAAAACAUGGCGGGUCCGAGAGUGAUUCAAUUUCACAGUGUAAGGUGUCUAAAGUUCGGCGAGAUUCCGGUCAGACUUCUCGAGACAGUGGGCUGGCGAGCUCCACCAGCAGUGUCAGUAGUGUGGAGUCGGAUCGUAACAAGUCGACUCGGAGAAAGGACUCGGCUAAUUCUAUGGACUGUUCGCAGCCUCUGGAUGACUUGUGGAGCGGAUCUCUUCUUCCUCUGUUGCCAGAAAGCACGAAAACACAGGAACGAGGAGCGGAUCUAAGUUUUGACAUUGAGUUGGACGACAUUGACUUAGAUCAGCUAGAUAAAGAAACGGACAGUGAAGUUGAUGCUAUAGUCAUAACUGAUGGGAAAUUCCAGCAGGCGGUAACGGAGGGAGACUAUCAGGCCGUGCGAAGCGCCCUCAACAGCAGUAAGAAAUACGACGUGGAGGCGCGGGACGACCUCGGAAUCACGCUGCUGAUGUACGCCGCUCAAAGUGGUUUUGAUGAUAUAGCAGAGUUACUAGUCAGUAAUGGAGCUGAUAUCAACGCACAACAGAAAAACGGCACCACGUCUCUCAUGUUAGCUUGUGAACAUGCCCAUAUAUGUACUGUGGCUUUACUAGUAGAACUGGGUGCUAAAAUAAAUGUUCAACAGGACACCGGUGAAACAGCUCUGAUGAAGGCUGUGAAGCGAGGUCACAAGCAGAUUGUGAAGUUCCUACUGGAGUAUGGAGCGAAUUUCUCGGCUCAGAAUAAUUCAGGAUUUACAGCUCUCACUUACGCCAAAAUGCUGCGGCUCACGGAAAUAGAGGACAUUAUAACGGAAUCCAUCACAAGGCUGACAAAAGAGUUUGACAAACAGGUAGCCAUAACCCUGAAUAACACGGCUAAGAUCUCCAGCAGCCUGUUCCCAAUGCAGGUGUUUCCACUGUGUGAGUCCAGCAAGUUUGUCAUCAACUUCAAGCACGAGAUGCAGCCAAACACACCAGGUGUGGGGUAUCUGUUAUUUAUUGCACAUGCCCGAAUCACGGCCACAGAUUGUAAGUGUCGGUUUUAUGGACCGUGUGCUGUCAACUCGGCGACGCUGAAUGGAGUCCCUCAGCCCCCACUAACAGAGGAAGCUAACUUUGUGUUGUCCUGUUGCCCUCUGCAGAAUGGUAGAAAUGAGAUAGUCAUUAACACAGUAAAGGCUUCUACAUCUAAGGCCAAGUUAGUGAUCUGUGCUUACAAAGCCCAGCUGAUCGACGGAUAAAAACCCACUCCAAAAUAUCCCAGUGAUCUCAAGUUUGCCAAAGUCACAACUGGUACUCUAAACUGGUACUUCAUUCUUAGAUCUCAGCCACCGCAUGGUAGCCAUAGCUACAGUCAUCGCCAUGGAUACAAUGUUGCCAUAGAAAUCAGUACAGUUACAUCAUUAUUGUCCCCAAUCAUUGCUAAGGCAUUAUGUAUACAAGAUAUGUUUAGGGUAACUAGAUGAUAAUGCAAGGUUUAUAAAACUUUAGUAUAAAAUAUUUUGUACAUUUUGAGAACUUUGGUAUAGAUGUGUUGUAUUUUUAACCACCAUGAAGAUAUAUAUUGAUUGUGGGAGAUGAGCGUAAAUCUAGCCAUUGUUAGCAGUCCCUCCCUCUUUUGAUAGGUGUGUUACACAGUUCUGAUUCUAUUAUGUUGAUACAUUGUUUCUGCCAGCUAAGUAGCUCAAUAUUGGAUCUAUUUACAUUGUUGAUAAACUGCAGAGAGAGGCAGGUUUAUUGCUGGAGUCUGUACAGAAUUAGUGCUAGAUUAUAGGUUACUCAAGAUAUUGUCUUAGGGGAGGUUACUCUAUAGAUUGUCAGGGGGUGCAUAGAAUUUGUUUUACAUGGUUGUGAUUGAGUGUGCAGUUUGGAUUCAGGUAUUAGACAUAAAUGAAGUGUUAUGAGUGAAGAUUGCUUGUUUUGUGGGUGAUUGUUAGUGUAGUAGUUGUGUGAUUGUGAAGAAGGAUUGUCUGCUCUUAGGAGCAUCUCUGUUUUCAAGUAUUUAUUAUAGACUGGGCAGCUUUAUUUUUACAAUGGUUUAUUUUUUUUUGCUAAUUAUUCAGAAUUGUUUGAUUCUUGAGAGGGAAAUUCUGAGAUAUGUUUCAGAAAAUGACAUCAUUAUAUUUUCAGAAAAUGUUAAGUAACUUCUUUUUUUUAAAUAGAUUUCAAAAAUUAUCAAGAGAACUUGAUCCUUUGUGAUAUCUUGAGAAAUAAAUUUAAACUUUUGAAUGUUACACUUUAGAGGAGUUACACAAGUAGUGAAGGAAUAUUUACCGAUGUGUUUGAGAUAAUCAGCAGGUUUUGCUGGUGACCAAAUUCUAUAAUGUUACACUGUUUGUAGUUGACUUGUUGUUUUAACCGAUAGUUAUAUUUAUGCAGUGUGAUACUGGAUUUUAUUGGUGCUUUUUUGUGUUAGUUUGGUUUCCUUCCCUUUUGUUGCUGGUAGAACUAGUUAUUAUGUACACUGAAUGCCGCAGCGAGAACUCUGUAAACAAGACCACGAGAGUGUGCUUGUCUACUCGUAAGUUUGAGUUGUCUCUGUGCGAUUAGUGGACUGAGUGAGAGAACACUGAGAUACCUCAGCAAUUAUAUCAUCUAGUCAUGUGUAAUCCAAGAAGAUAUUACAAUAAUGUGGAAACGUUUAAAAGUGGAAUCAUACAGCCCUGCCUGGUAUCUCUGUAUCACUGUCUCUGAUCAGAUCCUUUCAUUAAGACGAUUUCUAACCUGAUAAAGAUGUCAUUGUGUAAAAGGAAAUACAUUGUUCAAUGCAAAAAUCAUGUAGUUAUGAAUUACAGGGCAUAAACUAGCAACAUAUCCAUCAUAGUUUAUAAAUGUUUUACUCAGAGGCCACAAAAUAGGAUGUAUAUCUGUACAAAGUAGUUUGAAUUAUACAUGUAUGUGUUGAAUAGCACCGUUUAUAUAAAUUUGAUGAUUAUGCCUCAAGGGAUUGUAUAUAGGGCAUGUAAAUCUCCCUUAAUAGUGUCAUUCUGUUGUAUACAAAUGAGUAAAUUUGUUGUUUUAAUCUUACUGUACAUUUACUGUUCAUAAAAAGAUUUUCAGGAUAAAAUGUAUACUGUAUACCCCUUUAAACAUUUAUAAUAUCUUGCAAACAGAAGUUUCAUUUUGUAAAACCAGUCGCAGUGUGAAGUCUGUUCUCGCCAGUAUCGUAAUCCCAUUAUUACAUUUUAUUGUUACAUUUUAUUACACGUUUAUCCCUAUGUGUUUCAGUAUUGUCGCUCAAAAUGUUACAAUGGCAUUGCAUUGAUAUAGAAGCGCACAUUUAUAUACAGUGGAAAGAAGAAAAAUGUUCAUCAGUUAAAGCCUAUGUUGAUUUAUAAUGUAUGCAAUUUUUAGAUAACUAUUUAUUAUAUAAAUAAUAUUUAUACAUGUGUAUUAAACAUUUUAUCACAGUAGAGCCCGUAAUACAUUUUGUAAAAAUGCAAUUUUUGUCAAAAGUUUUACUCAGACUGAGAAUAUGGGAAAGUGCAGAAAAUGUUAUAAAAAUCAUUACUUUUCAUAUACUGGAAUCUUUUUUGCCUUUAUUAUCAUCCAUUUUACCAGGCCAUGAAUUCAAAUCUGAGUCUAUACUUGUAACAUGCAAUAUUUUAUAAGUAAACUUAGGUAUAUAAAUUUGUAUGAAGCAAUUAAUGAGAAUUUCCAAGAUGAUAGUAGAGUUAACAUUUGUAGUGUCAGUAAUGCUGAUUACAGACAUUGACCUGGCCCACCUGUACAGGUGUAGACGAGAUCAGGUUGUCAGUCUCAGCUUCCCGUGUUGUAUAUUUGCUUUGUCUGUGUGUCUGUGUGUGAUCUCUCUGUUCUGUCUACUGAAUUCACUUAUACAUGUAUGUCACAGUAGACUUCUGUUCUUUAUUUCUCUUUAUGUAAACUGCCAGGAUUCUUGGCAUUAUCAAGUGUUAUUAAUAACAAGGUUCUGUUACGAGGGAUAACCCUUAAUAAUGUGGACUAUUACAGGGGUCAAGAGAAUCUUUGUUUUGGUACAUAUAUAUAUAAAAUUAAUCUUUUGUUAUUUUCUCAAUGAAAAAUAAAAAUUUAACUUGGUUAUAUAA